UGGCAAUGAAGUCUGGUGGAGGGUUUCUCAUUCCCCUCACCUGGCACCUCAUCACCCCUCAUCAUGGGGGUGGGGCUUGGGCUGUUACCAGCAUGUUCAGGAUCGUCUGUCCUGGAGCUGGAAACUAUUCCUGAAGAGUACUCCAAACUUGGAAUGAGAAUAUUGCCGUCAUGAGUCAACAGGGUUAUGUUACAGCUCCUCCAUAUUCCCAAUCCCAGCCAAGAAUGGGAGGCUUUUCUGCAGGUUUUGGACCACCUAAUUCUUCACUUCAUUAUGGGCAUUAUGGAGACCCGAACUCCUCACAUGCAGCAGCACCUCAACCAGGUAUGUCGAAAUCAACUGUGCCUCUUGGAUCUUCGACUCCUCUUGGGCCUCUACCACCUGGUACACAUCAAGUCAGCCAGAACAACUUCCAAAGUGCAGCAGGACAACAGCCACAUAGGUUUCCAAGCCCUCUACCUCCGAACAAUACAGGACCUUCCUGUCCUCCUGGCAGUCAUCAGUCCCAGCCAGCCUCCCCAAAUGCUGUAUCCACUUCAUGUACACAACUUGCCAACCAGCUGAACAGCAUGCAGAUAAAUAGCUAUGGUCCUGGUGCUAUCCAAAGCUCUCACACAUCUUCCGGACAUCCAGCAUCUUUUCAGGGUCCACAGCAACUGCCACUGACGCAGCACCAAAUGACUUUACAACCUGGACCACAGAUUCCUCCACCAGCAAAUAAUUUCAGUGGCCUUUGUGCUCAGUCAUCGUUGCCUAGUAUGGCCAGACAGGAUGGGGUCCCUGGAUCUGGACUUCCAAAUCCUAACUUGCAGCAACUUCCAGGACAGACUCCAGGGCCUGGAUAUCAUCCUCAGCAAGCAAACUAUGGCCCUCAGAUGGCAGGAUCUCAACUGUCUUAUCCCGGUGCUUUUCCUGGAGGUCCAGCACAGCUCUCUGGUCCACCACAGAAGAAGCUUGAUCCUGACUCGAUUCCAAGCCCAAUUCAAGUAAUUGAAAGUGAUAAAGCUUCUAGGGGAGGGCAGAUGUAUGCUACAAACACAAGAGGACAGAUUCCUCCUCUUGUCACCACUGACUGCUUAAUCCAGGAUCAAGGUCAUGCCAGCCCUCGUUAUAUCCGAUGUACUACCUACUGCUUCCCGUCAUCUUCAGAUAUGGCCAAACAGGCUCGCAUUCCACUGGCAGCUGUCAUCCAGCCUUUUGCUAUUGUUCCACAAAAUGAGACACCUCUUUAUGUUGUAAACCAUGGUGAGACUGGACCAAUCCGAUGUAACAGGUGCAAGGCUUAUAUGUGUCCUUUCAUGCAGUUUAUUGAAGGUGGUAGAAGAUAUCAGUGUGGAUUUUGCAAUUGUAUAAAUGAAGUGCCUCCAUUCUUCUUCCAACAUCUGGACCACAUUGGCCGGCGGGUAGACCACUAUGAAAGGCCUGAGCUAUCUCUGGGAUCAUAUGAAUAUGUUGCUACUUUGGAUUACUGCCGAAAUAACAAGCCUCCAAAUCCACCUGCUUAUAUCUUCAUGAUUGAUGUAUCAUACAGAAAUAUAAACAGUGGCCUUGUUAAACUCAUAUGCGAUGAGCUGAAGACUCUUCUCGAUAAACUUCCCAGAGAAGAACAGGAAGAAUCCUCAGCAAUUCGAGUUGGUUUUGUCACUUACAACAAGGUCCUCCACUUCUUUAAUGUGAAAAGUAACUUAGCUCAGCCUCAGAUGAUGGUGGUCUCAGACGUUGGAGAAGUUUUUGUUCCUUUGCUGGAUGGCUUCCUUGUUAACUUCCAGGAAUCACGAUCUGUUGUUAACAACUUGUUGGACCAGAUUCCUGAAAUGUUUGCAGACACUAAUGAGAGUGAGACCAUCUUUGCUCCUGUUAUCCAGGCUGGCAUGGAGGCGCUAAAGGCUGCAGAAUGUGCUGGGAAACUGUUUAUCUUCCACUCUUCAUUGCCAACUGCUGAAGCACCGGGAAAACUGAGAAACAGAGAUGACAAAAAGCUACUCAACACAGAUAAAGAAAAGACACUCUUCCAGCCUCAGGUGAACUGUUACGAGUCCUUAGCCAGAGACUGCGUGGCUAAUGGCUGCUGCGUGAAUUUGUUCCUCUUCCCAAAUCAGUAUGUGGACAUAGCUUCCUUGGGUCUUGUCACCAUGUACACUGGAGGCACACUGUACAGGUACAACAAUUUCCAGCUCAUUUCUGAUAGCCCGCAGUUCCUAACUGACCUCAGGAGGGACAUUGAGAAAAAGACGGGAUUUGAUGCAAUAAUGAGGGUUCGAACAAGUACAGGCUUCAGGGCUACUGACUUCUUUGGGGCUAUUUACAUGAACAACACUACAGAUGUAGAAAUGGCAGCAGUUGACUGUGACAAGGCUGUGACAGUAGAGUUCAAACAUGACGACAAACUGAAUGAGGACAGUGGAGCCUUAAUUCAGUGUGCUGUCCUCUACACAUCAGUAAGUGGGCAAAGACGACUUCGCAUACACAACAUAGGCUUAAAUUGUAGCACCCAGUUAGCUGAUGUCUACAAGACUUGUGAGACCGAUGCACUUAUCAACUUCUUUGCUAAAUCAGCCUUUAAAGCUAUCCUAAGCCAACCACUGAAGGUUGUCAGAGACAUCCUGGUCAGUCAGACAGCACACAUGCUGGCGUGCUACAGGAAGAACUGUGCCAGCCCCUCAGCAGUGAGCCAGCUCAUCCUUCCAGACGCAAUGAAGGUGCUGCCAGUGUACAUGAACUGUCUGCUGAAGAGCACUGUGCUGACUGGCAGACCAGAAAUUCCAACUGAUGAGAGGGCGUACCAUCGACAACUGGUCAUGUCUAUGGGAGUAGCUGAUACACAGCUGUUCUUCUAUCCCCAGCUUCUGCCGAUACACAACCUGGAUUUGAAGAGCGACGCUGUGCCAGCUGCAGUGCGCUGCUCUGAGGAGCGUCUCUCAGAAGGAGGGGCCUUCAUUCUGGCCAAUGGUCUGAGCAUGUUCCUGUGGCUGGGGGUCAGCACGCCCCCUGAACUCAUCCAAGGGCUUUUCAAUGUGCCGUCUUUUGCACACAUCAGCACAGAAGCUACAUUACUGCCUGACCUGGCCAAUCCCUACUCUAAGAAAAUUAAGUCAAUAGUGGAGCACAUCCAGAACCAGAAGCCCUACACUAUGAAGCUGAUGAUAGUGAAACAACGGGAGCAACCAGAGAUGCUAUUCCGGCAGUUCCUCGUAGAAGACAAGAGUAUUCAUGGAGGAGCUUCUUACGUGGAUUUCUUAUGCUGUGUUCACAAAGAGAUCUGCCAGCUUCUCAAUUAAAGAAACUUGAGUAUAUAUAA